CCUACGUCUCAGAGGGCGCCCCAACAAACCCUGGAUAAGGUCUCUUCCUAGUCCGCUCCGGAAAUGCGACUGCGUACGCGCUGGACACGCAGUCGUGACGUCAGCGCGCCCGCGCCGGCUGGCCGGACGCCCUAGGGGUUCGGUUGCUUUACGCCACGGCACUGCUGCGUUUGGGUUGUCUCCUGCAGGCUGUCUGGACCUGGUCACGAUUCCACAAUGUACCACAACAGUAGCCAGAAGCGGCACUGGACUUUCUCCAGUGAGGAGCAGCUGGCAAGACUGCGGGCCGACGCCAACCGCAAAUUCAGAUGCAAAGCGGUGGCCAACGGGAAGGUUCUUCCGAAUGAUCCAGUCUUUCUUGAGCCUCAUGAAGAAAUGACACUCUGCAAAUACUAUGAGAAAAGGUUAUUGGAAUUCUGUUCGGUGUUUAAGCCAGCAAUGCCAAGGUCUGUUGUGGGUACAGCUUGUAUGUAUUUCAAACGUUUUUAUCUUAAUAACUCAGUAAUGGAAUAUCACCCCAGGAUAAUAAUGCUCACUUGUGCAUUUUUGGCCUGCAAAGUAGAUGAAUUCAAUGUAUCUAGUCCUCAGUUUGUUGGAAACCUUCGGGAGAGUCCUCUUGGACAGGAGAAGGCACUUGAACAGAUACUGGAAUAUGAACUACUUCUUAUACAGCAACUUAAUUUCCACCUUAUUGUCCACAAUCCUUACAGACCAUUUGAGGGCUUCCUCAUCGACUUAAAGACCCGCUACCCCAUGUUGGAGAAUCCAGAGAUUUUGAGGAAAACAGCUGAUGACUUUCUUAAUAGAAUUGCAUUGACGGAUGCCUACCUUUUAUACACACCUUCCCAAAUUGCCCUGACUGCCAUUUUAUCUAGUGCCUCCAGGGCUGGAAUUACUAUGGAAAGUUAUUUAUCAGAGAGUCUGAUGCUGAGAGAGAACAGAACUUGCCUGUCACAGUUACUAGAUAUAAUGAAAAGCAUGAGAAACUUAGUAAAAAAGUAUGAGCCACCCAGAUCUGAAGAAGUUGCUGUUCUGAAACAGAAGUUGGAGCGAUGUCAUUCUGCUGAGCUUGCACUUAAUGUAAUCACGAAGAAGAGGAAAGGCUAUGAAGAUGAUGAUUACGUCUCAAAGAAGUCCAAACAUGAGGAGGUAUGUUUUACUCCAAAGAUGAACUCUAAGUCAUUUUUGUUACACAUUCUGGUGUGAUUAUACUAUUAAGAUUUGUUCUCCAAGAGUAUAAGCAUUAUAGAGUUGUGGGUUUUUUCAUUUUUUGCAUACUUCCUUACGUACAGUACUGUUGUCCAUUAUUAAAGGGAUUUUUCUCUCUUCUGUCUUUCUUGAUGAAAAAUCCUUCUUGUGUUCAUAGAAAGCAGAAGCAAUAUGCAUACAUACUACAUUUUUGCUUUAUUUCUUAUUUUCCAAGGAUUUUUCCCUUACCCCCUUUUAAAAACAAAUUUUCUGUCAAGUCAGGUAAGUGAAUAAUCAGAGGCAGAAGGUCACAGUUGUAACCUUUAUUCCUCAUUGGAGUAGUCUGGUGAGACCAUGCCAACAUUACUAACAGUGAACUAUUACAAAAUUUCCUGGUUUAUCUUUUGUAAUCCACAUGGGUAAAAGGAGGAGAACAUUUUCCUAAAGGGAGGUAAGAGGUAAACAAUACUGGUUAUGCUUCAGUGUUAUCCUUACCACACUUUUUUUCCUUCUUAGGAAGAAUGGACUGACGACGACCUGGUAGAAUCUCUCUAACCAUUUGAAGUUGAUUUCUCAAUGCUAACUAAUCAAGAGAAGUAGGAAGCAUAUCAAGCGUUUAACUUUAUUUAAAAAGUGUAAUGUGAAAACAAAAUAUAUUAAAACUUUUCUAUUACUUUCUUUCCCUUUCACAGUAACUUUAUGUAAAAUAAACCAUCUUCAAAAGAGCUAGAAUAGCACCUGUUUUGAAUAUUCUUAUUCCAUCAUGACUAAUAUCAAAUUAAAGCUGCAACUUACUUGCCUAAUUUUUUAAGCAAAAUAUGAUAGGCAAACCUAUGCUUUUUUAAGAAAAAGGCACCACAAAACCCAAAACUUAGUAGCUAGCUUUAAAAGUGUUAAGGAAUGUGUUUUGCCCUCUAGAAACCUUUAUAAAUGGCUUUUUGAAUGCCAUCCUGAUACAUUUAGCUAUUUGUCCAUUACUAUUAAACUGCAGAAGGUAUUUCAACUAUUACAUGGUACUGAAAGCCAGUUGUCUGGGUAAUGAAUAUUAUUUGUUUACUUACCCAAAAACAUUUCCAAAUGGGUUUUUUUCAAAAAAAACAAAUAUAUGAUUUUGAAUAGCUGUCUACAUCAAACUCUUAGGCUAGUAUAGAUAAGUAGGCAGAAGCCACUUGUGUAUUUGGUUAUGGUUUUUUAAUUUUGUUUCGAUGUAGGGUCUUGCUGUGUUGCCCAGGCUGUCUCAAACUCCUAGGCGCUAGUGAUCCUCUGCCUCAGUUUCCUGAGUAAUUGGGACUACAGGCAUACGUCACCACAGCCUUUAAUUAACCUAUUAGAUCACCUAUAAGUGAAUCCGUGUAAGUAGAUUAUAACAGUUACUAGGAAUUGUGCAGACCAAAUAUGUUUGAAAAAUGUAAUUCAAAUUGAAAUGAGUCAAUUUAAAAAUAUAAAAGCACAGACUAUUACAACAAAUUACUUAGAUAUGAAUCAUGGCUGCCUCUGUUUCACUGUGUGACCUUGGUAGGUUAUUAAAUCUCUAAGUGCCAGUUUCCCACACUGAAAAUGGGGAAAAUAAUAAUGCCCACUCUUUAUAGGAUUAAUUAGAACAGUACCUGCAUACACUUAAGUAUUCAGUAAUUGCUAACUGUUAUAAUUGGAACCGAACUGUGGCUGGCUGUAUAUCAAGCCAGAAUUCUUUUCAGGAAAACUGGCUUGAAGGAAUUCCGAGUAAUUCAAGUGUCCUAAAUCUAAUUAAAUUGCACAGAUACACACACCUCCUCAGUCUCAGUACAUCCCAGGCUGUACUUUCCAGAAAGGUAAGUACCAUUAUAAUUACAUCUACUUUAAGGCAAUGCUUACUAUGUGCAUAUUCAUCUCUCUAACAAUUCUUCAAACUGUAGGCUUGAGUUUUGUGGGGUUUUUUGUUUUGUUUUGUUUUGUUUUGUUUUGUUUUGUUUUUUCCCUCAUUCUGGAGUGAAAGGAAUAAAAUUCAUGACAUGAGAUUUUACAAAAGCUGAGUGGAAGAAGCCAAAAGUUAUAAAUCCUCCAUCGUGGUCCUAGUUAAGUACAUUGCUUCUAGGCUCUAGACAGAAUUACAAGAUAUUCACAGUUUUUCUCAUUUUCCCUUUCAGAUCGCCAAACUUUGGCAUCAGAGCAAGGUCCACACUUAUCAAUGAAAAUUUUCCCACCCAGCCCCAUUAAAAAAGUUAAAGUGUGAGAGAUUUUAUUUCAACACUGACAAGCUAGUUACUACAGGGCCUACAAAGGAAAGGAUACAAACCUAAAGAAACUAAGCUAUCUGUCAGUUUGGAUGCCAAAACUUAGAUCAUCUACCUUCUAGUAUCAGGUCCUCUUUCUCUCUUGCCAUAUACUACUUGUGUGGCCUUGGACAAAUCUGUCCCUCUAAGCCUCAUCUUUCUAAUAUACAUGGAGUUCAACCAUUGAAGAAGAAUAAUUAAUGCCUGUUAGCAAAACUAACUGGCUUACCUUUGGAUUGUACUGAGAUUAUCUACAGCCUUUAUGCAGAGAGGAUUUUAAACGAGCAUUCUCAGUUGGACUCAACAUCAUAGAGUAUUUAAAGGUCAAUUUAAAAUGGAGUUUUCAUUCCUAAUAACCCUUCACUGUGUUUGUUUCUGCAUUUCUUUCAGAAAACUUUUUGCAUAUGAAAUCUCUUUCCUUAAAAUAAGAGAUGAUUAGAUUUCAGGGCUUCUAUCACUUUAUCUUGAAUGCAAUCGUUUUCUAUUUCAGUUAAUAAGAAAACAUGGGCUAACAUAAAAGUUUACAGUGGUUGAAGAAACAGUACUCUUACCUCUGCUUGUUCUGGAGUUUCUCCCGCAAAGUAAAAGAUGUAAUGUUCUUCGCUAAAGUGCUGAACUACUAUCUGAAAACAGUUUGGCCUUUAAAUUAAAAACAAAAAUUAUUAGGAAGCUUAACAAAAAGCAGCAAAAUAUUUAUACCAGCUUCCAAAACACAAUAAAUAACAUAACAUUAUAAUUCUUAAGAGAAAUAAUACUGCACUGUACUAGAUUAUUAAAAAGAAGUCAGCUGUAUAUAUUUUAGAAAACUUUAUGUCAGCACUAUUAAAAUUUUAUCAGUGUUUCAAAGUGUAAACUAAAGCAAUUUCAAUUAAUUGUAAAAGACAUUAGAAAUAAAGUUACAAACAAAUUGAAGCUGAAUUGCUACAACUACACACAGCUAAUCUGAAAAACUUUAUAUGCACUGGAAAAAGACUAGAAAUGUUCUUAGACCAAAAAUGUUCUAAGUAAUUAUCUCUAAGGAGAUUGCAGGUGAUUCUAUAUUUUCAAAUUUUUCUAAACUGAUCAUUUUUCUUCACCUGUUGAAAUGGAAACAUCAUCUCCUUAUACAUAUGCUGUUCUAGAGUUUAAGUGAACAGCUGUGUACAACAAAUGUUCUUGUCUUCCUUUAGUAUUAUUAUAAAUCAUUUGAUACCACUUUUGAAAAUGUGCUAUCUUUCCAACUAGACUUGAAAAUAUUGAUAAAAUCUUUACAAAGGGCCUGCAUGUUUUUGGAACUCAAUAAAUGUUACUUCUAUUUCCUGCUUUAAACAAAGAUUUUGUAUCAUGCUAAUGUUAGGAGGCCAUAGCAAAAAUACACAGAGGACAGGCUUAACACUUAUUAAAGAUAAAGACUAUCUUUUCAUGCUUUGAGAAUGUCCUAAAAAUAAUCAUGGAAAAUAGGAAUUGGAAACUCCCAAUUCUAAAUAUUGCCUGUAUCAGACUAACCAUCCUAGUUGGAUAAAAUUUAAAAUAUUAAUACAAAACAAAAAAAACAACUGUUUGAAAGCAGUGGAGAACAACCAAAGCAGCUAAGAUUUGAGGAGCCAAGAUCAUACUAUAAUGAACCCGACAUUCUUCACAGCUUUUCCAUUCAAGGCAGUUGCCAAUUCCUAAGCUGUGUAGCUGAGACGCUAAGCAGAAAAUAGUAGCUAAAAGGCUAAAAAACUAACUACAAAUCCAGUAGUUUGACAGUGCUGGGAGGGGGAAAAAAAUGAAUUUCAGGCUUUCCACUGAGACCCCUGAAGGGCUAUGCCUUCAUGAUAAGGGCAAAUCAGAAAUGGAACAGCCUUUACAAGAUGUACUAUCCCUACACUAUCCGUAAGAACAAUUCUUUCUGGACAUAGUAACAUUAUUAUCCAUAGUUUCCAUAGUUUUUCAUGUACAAUGUUUACCAUUCAAUCAAAGUAAGUAGACACUACAGGCAUCAGGAUUAAAUGGCUAAAAGUUGCUGGGAUUACAGGCGUGAGCCACUGUGCCCAACCUUAAAAGAAAAAUCUGUUUUCUAAAUGAGAGACUUGAGUUUAGUUCUCAUUAACAUAACUUUUUCAUACUAGGUUUCAGACUUGGUAUCAUUAAAUAUAAUUCAUGACAAAGACUUUUUUUAAUGUCUUCAUAUUCUUUUAAGUCACCUUCAACAAGAAACUGCACAAGAAACAAGUUACAACUUCAUAGCAAGUGAUAAAAGUAUAUUUAUUGCUUUUCCCCAUACCAGACAAACUCCUUUCUUGUUACUAACCAGAAUAGGAAUCAUUCAGAAUCUUCAACUUGUACUUCAAGGAUCUGAUCCUUCUUUUUACUCUAGCAGUUCUUUCUCUUUUACUGUCAAGUGUAAUGUGGACCUUUCUUUUGAUUGUGCCAACAGAUUUCCAAUCUAACUGCAUCUGUUCAUAUAAACUAAUGCUAAAGCUUUUCUUCAGUCUUACAGAUAUUGUUAUAUUCCUCUUAAUACUUCCUUAAGAUUCAUAUAAUUCCAGUUUUAAGUAUCACUAGUGAAUCAUUUUUAACUUCAUUUUUCCCAGGUUGAAUUUCUGCCUUAAAUCCAUAAACUGUCAAAACACGUAUCUUUUUGUAUUAUACAUAUAAUUUGACGAAGUUUACUCAUUCUUCAGUAAACCUGCAAAAUGAGAAUCAUUCCCCAAAAGUUUUUCUCCUGUAAUCAUAAACUUUUAUCAAAACUUUUCUUUUGGACAGCUAACAUACUUCAGCAUCCAACAGUAGGUAUUUUGAUUCCACUUCUCACAUAAAACUGAAAACGCAUGCAACUGAAGCAGCUUAGAUUUUAUUACAGCCUCCAUUUCAUUCUAUUAUUUAAUAUGGAAUUCAGGUCUACAGACAAACAUAUAUAUAAUCUUGACAUAAAAUCUUUAAAUGUUCCUAUCAUGAAGGCUCAUCAUCAGUCAUUAACUAGCAUUUCCAUAGGACCUUCGUUGUUUCAAAGUAUUAAAGAAAUACAUUUAAUAAAUGUAUUUUUUUCGGGGCCUAGUAAGUGAGUUACAUUUUUUUUAAAUUAUUUUUCAUCUUACGAGUCUAAUGACUUGCCAGUGUUAGUCACUAAAUUGCCCUUAUUGGGGGAAAAUUAAUAUCAGUACAUUAAGGCUAAUUAUAAAGUAGUAAAAAUGAAAAAUAUAUCAAAUUUAUUAUGUUCUUUUCAAGAACCUCCUACUUUACAAUGAUAAUUACAACAAUUUUAACUUCCCUGUUAAUUGAAAGAAAUGUAAGAAACAAAAUGAGACAUUUCUGCUUGAACAUAAAAAGUAGCUUCAUGAUGAUUAACAAGCUGUGAAUAAAGUAAUAUUCAGAGUACCUGGAUGAUUGAACAAGAAAGUAGGAAGUACUGAAGUAUAGCCACUAUAAAAAGCUCUCUGUCUCCAAGUGUUAUGUACCAAUUCUUUUGCCCCAAUAAAAUGAUGAAUUGGAACAGUUUAUACAGGGAUCAUAUGAUUUCAAGUGUUAUAAUUUUUGAAAUGUAAAACAUCUGUUAAAUACUUGUACUACAAUAGGAUUUUACAACCACUAGUAUCUCAAGGGACACCUACACUGAUUAAUGGAACACUGGUUAGGAAGCUGUGCUUAACCAAAUAAAUUCAUACCCAUCCUCCAAGAAUCAAGAACCACCUAUUUCAUAUUACUGAUCUCAAUGAAGUUGUUCCCAAAAUAUCAUCCGACUUUUACUGUUUUAAUUGUUUUCACGAUAAUAAACUACAUUUAGUAGUGAA